CACCAGACCUCUUCGCAAGAAGAGCUCUAAUGUCCAUAGCAGAAGAUGCAGGAAAACCAAUUGCAAUCGAUAAGGCGACACAAGCAAAGACACGACCAUGUACAGCUAGGGUAAGAGUUAUCCUAGAUUUACUAGCCAAACAUCAAAAGUAAAUAAAAUUGCAAUUCUUGAAUAACUGCACUAGAAAUAUAGUUGAAAUAGUUCAGCAGAUUGUAUAUGAUAACAUGCCUCUGUACUGAACAUGUUGCAAACAUCAAGGGCAUGAUAAAAGCAUGUGUCGCUUAAUUUUGACAAGGAAUCAUGAUAGUGAACUGAAUGAGGCAACUGAGGAAUAUGAGGAUCAAGUCGUUGUGCAUAAGUUUCAAGGGGAUUUGCGACAAAUUAUCAAUGAAAGACGACGAAUAUAUGGUGCAACUGCAGGACAAAAAUUGCAGGAAAUGGUGGUUGAUAAAACUUCUAAUAUUGUUUCAAUGGCUGCUCCAGGUUUAAAUGCUGGGCAUAUUUUUGAGCAACCUAAAAUUGCUGCAAUUCUUGCUGUGAAGGAUCAAUCUAAGCCACAUUUUGAUGUCCCUGCUUCUACAGUUCUUGCAAGGUUGCAUAACAAUGUUGUUGUUGAGAAGUGUUUACUUUUUCCAACUAUUCAUUCAAUACAUGGACAACACUUAGCUACUGCAGUGUCAAAUCUGGAAACGAUUGUUCCCUUGAAUUUUACAUUUGAUCGAACUCUGGCUAUGAGUGCAUCUACUCAUACUGUGACUGACACUGUGCCAUUGGUUACUAAUGUUGUUGUGCAGGAUAGUAAGGAGCUUGGACAAUUUGCGUCAAUUGGGCAGACUACAAUGCAACAAGCAUCUACAAGUGGUAAACAAUUUGAGGGGCAGGAACUGAAAGAUGCAGCUGCUUUGUUUCAUGUUCCAGCUGGGGUUGUUAAGGGGCCAGGUCCAGGGCAACAAUUUGAUAAGGCUGGGCAGGUGUUGUCAAGCACAACUGGUGCAGCUCCAGCAGUUAUAAAAAAUAAACUUCCAGGUGAUAUCCCUGCUAUAAGAGCUUUGGCAACGAUUUACAAGGCAGUGGGAAAGGCAAUUGAUCAAGCAACGAUAGGUGUGAAAGCUAAUACAGUGGAUGUUGUGGGGAAAGAACAUGUAGGUGUUUUAGAAUUAGAGGAUGCAACUAAAAUAGGGUAUAAGGUAGUGAAUUUAGAAGGAACAGGUGCGGGUAACAAGGAGGCAGCAACAACUUUUGAAACAGGGGCACAUAAAAUACACCAAGUAACUUUGAUGAUGGUGUGCAAACAGCUUCAUUGCAAGCUAGUGUCACGACUGUAGCUGAGCUUGCACACGGUGG